AGUUCAGAUGUUUUUAAAGUCAUUAACAAUGAGCUACCACAAGCUAAAGGUAGCGGUGAUAGGAGCAGGGGCGAGUGGCCUGUGCGCUACUCGCCACCUGCUAUCGAGGCCACAUGUUUUCGCCCCUCCAGUGGUUUAUGAGCUGUCUGACUGUGUUGGGGGCACCUGGGUUUACACAGACAAAGUAGGAAUGGAUGAUUAUGGCCUGCCUAUUCAUUGCAGUAUGUACAGGGAUUUAAGGACAAACCUUCCAAAAGAAGUCAUGGCCUUCCCGGAUUUUCCAUUUGACAGUCAACUCCCUUCUUUCAUUCAUCAUAGUGAUGUGAGGUCAUAUCUGGAACAGUAUGCUGAUCACUUUGAAAUUCAGCCCCAUGUAAAGUUUCGUACACAUGUUGAACUGCUGAAUCCUGUUUCUGGAACUACUGGAGAUGCUUGGAAUUCAUGGGAAGUAACAUCUUUAAAUCUGAACAAUCAUUGUCGUAAUACAGAGAGAUUUGAUUCUGUUAUUGUUUGCAAUGGCCAUUACUCUGAACCUUUCAUCCCACACAUCCCUGAAAUUGAACAUUUCAAAGGACAGAAAAUGCACAGUCAUGAGUACAGGUUUGCUGAGCCUUUCAUUGGGAAGAAUGUGGUUCUCCUUGGUGCUGGUCCAUCUGGAACUGAUAUAGCAUUGGAGUUAUGCUCAGUUGCAAAACAAGUUGUUUUGAUACACAAUCGUUCACUGAUAACCUCCUCAAUGCCCCCAAAUUUCCUGCAGGUGAAAGGUCUGAACAGAUUUUCAGAGACUGGAGUGAUUUGUAAUGAUGAAAGGGAGUAUCCUGCAGAUGUAUUCAUGUUCUGUACUGGAUAUAAAUAUUCUUUUCCAUUUCUUAGUAAAAAUGUCUGCUUAGAGGUCAAAGAUCAAAGAGUUGCUCCACUUUACAAACACAUUGUUCAUACAACCUUUCCAACUCUCUUUUUUAUUGGCUUAUGCAUGACUGUUUGUCCUUUUCCUUUGUUCCACUGCCAAGUCUUGUUUGCUCUGGCAUCUUUAGAUGGUACCUAUAAGCUACCGCCAAAAGCAGAAAUGGAUGCAGUUACAGAGGAUGAAUACCAGUCCUGUUUGCAAAAUGGAAUUCCUCACAGACAUUUUCAUAAAUUGGACAGUCGUCAGUGGGGCUAUAAUGCUGAGUUAGCCCAGUUAUCCAAAACUGACCCCUUAGCACCUGUUACAAGGGAUCUAUAUGAAGCAAAUAAGAAAUUUAGAAAACAAGAUCUGUGUAAUUAUAAAAAGUUUAAUUACAAGAUAGUAAGUCAUGAUACAUGGGUAACAGUGAAGCCUAAACCAAUAUAAACUUGACUGUCACUUCUUUGAUUUGCAUCUUCCAUCCAUCAGACUAUCAGCCAGCUAGAUAUGUUCUAUAGAAACCAUAGAACAUAUGAAGCUCUGCAGUGUACAACAUACAGUAUGGAGGAAAAGUGGUCAAAGAUUUGCAUUGUUUGAAAGCCUGUCAGUUUUCUUUCUAUAUACUUAAGUGGACGGAUUAUUAGAUAUACUUAAUUGUGUGUGAUUUGUGUAAUCCUUCUUGUAGUUUGUUUUAUUUGUAUUUGUUGCAUUAAAGCAAGCUUACUUACCCAAUCUAAAUAGCCAGCUGUUGUUGGGAAAAUGUGCAAAUGAAAAGAAGUACUUUUGCACAUUGAAUCCCAUUUCUUGUAAAGUCAUAGGAACUAUGCCAUUGCAUCAGUUUGUUUUUCUUUUGUUAAAUGUUAUUUGCUUCUUCUAAUGUUUUGCUAAUGUUUGGGACAAAUCAUUUGAGACUGUAUGAAGGGGUCGCUUAACUCAGACAGAUGGUAGAAAAUUGAUUGCUCAGGUUUCUCAGAAUUACACUAACAAAAUUCCAUAAAGUUUCAAGCUGGUCUUGAUUUCAGACCAUGUAUGCAAGAAAGAAGAAAUAAGAGCUCUGGUGUUUGUAAAAAAAACAUAAUUAAUUCUUUAUUAAAUUGGUAGCCCCAUAGAGAGCAAAUAAACAAAAUAUUAUAUAAGAUACCAAUUGGAAUUUUGCAUUAGAUGGCAAGUGUAGACCUCAGUUGGGUGUGUAAAUAGUCUAUACCCUUUGGCUCUGAUCCAUAAACUAUAGGCUGCAUCAUACAAGAUAACUGCGUCACCUGGUCUACACCAUUCACCUGAUAAAGGUAUUAAGUACUGUAUAAAAUGGAAUAUUCUAUUCAUUCCUUAUUAGCUAAAAUAUUUGCACAAACACAAUGCAAUGACUUACCAAAACUGCCUUAGGUUGUCAAUAUGUCUUAAAUAAUGCAUGCAUCAUAUUUUCUACAAUAUAGUGAACAAGCACAGUCAUUCUCAACAGUUAGAGCUUUCUCUCCUGAUAUUGGAUACCUAAGUCUUCACAUGAAUGACCUGUUGGAAACCAGAUGAAGAUGAUGUACAGGAAUCUGCAAUUCUGCAAAAGUAUUUGUGGAUAUUAUUCCUCGUAGUUAUAUGCAUGUCACUUUUCAGUUCACAAGCACAGUUUUUAAAUUUUGUGAGAUGAUGAACUGGACCAGCUGUAGGAUUGUUUCACAGGAGCCAUCUUGGUUCUAUUCAAAUUCUGGGAUUCUUUCCCACUGCCAGUAUUCAUGGGAUCAUACUUGAGCAGAAGCAGGCUGCCUAUGAUGAAAAAUCAUUACUGAUUUUGGUAAAAUCUGCAAGUAAGAGCUGAUGAGGUAAUUGUGAUCAGCUUUCAUUGAAAACCAUCAGAACGAUACAAAAUUCUGGUUUAAGCUAUAAGCAUUUAGCAAAUUAAAAGUUUUUUUUAUCAUAUGUUGUUAUAUCAUCAAAAUUAGCACUCUGAAUAAUAGAACAAAGUAAUCUAGGUGUUUGAACUAUUAUGAAACUUUGAAAAGUGAUAAUUUGAAACAUUAACGAUGGUUCUAGAGCUGCUGAGUGUCUUAAGUAUUCUUUACUUCAUAAAUUUUAGUUGGAUAGAGUAAAAUAAAAUUUGACAAAUGUAAAUUAAAUUUUUGAUUGAUAUUUCCUUGCUAUUAUACGCUUGUAUUUAUGAAUGCAUUCUAAUCAAAUUGGUAUGCUUUCCUUUAUUGGUCAGAGUAUUGAGUACAGGAGUUGGGAGGUCAUGUUGCAGCUGUACAGGACAUUGGUUCAGCCACUGUUGGAAUAUUGCGUGCAAUUCUGGUCUCCUUUCUAUCGGAAAGAUGUUGUGAAACUUGAAAGGGUUCAGAAAAGAUUUAAAAGGAUUUUGCCAGGGUUGGAGGAUUUGAGCUACAGGGAGAGGCUGAAUAGGCUGGGGCUGUGUUCCCUGGAGCGUUGGAGGCUGAGGGGUGACCUUAGAAGUUUACAAGAUUGAGGGGCAUGGAUAGGAUAAAUAGACAAGUCUUUUCCCUGGGAGUAGGGAGUCCAGAACCAGAGGGCAUAGGUUUAGGGUGAGAGGGUCAAGAUAUAAGAGAGUCCGAAGGGGCAACUUUUUCACGCAGAGGGUGGUACAUGUAUGGAAUGAGCUGCCAGUGGAAGUGGUGGAGGCUAGUACAAUUGCAACAUUUAAGGGGCAUUUGGAUGGGUAUGUGAAUAAGAAGGGUUUAGAGGAAUAUGGGCCGGGUGGUGGCAGGUGGGCCGAGAUUAGGUUGGGAUAUCUGGUCGGCAUCGAUUGGUUGGAUCAAAGGGUCUGUUUCCAAGCUGUACAUCUCUAUAACUCUAAUAAUACAUUCACAUACUGGUUGAUAACUAUGCAUACUAUUAUAAAGUAUUUCCAGCAUAGAAACAGGCAACUUAGCCUUAAAUGUCCACACCAGAUUUAUCUUCUAUCCAAGCCUCCUUCCACCCUUUGUUCAAUCUCAUCAAUAUAUCCACGUUCUUUGUAUUAUGAGUGUUUGUGUAAUUUCCCAUUUAAUGCUGCUAUGUUCUGGGUAAAUAUGCUUAUCCUGAAUGUUUUAUUGAAUUUUUAAGAUUUUUAAAUCUUACAUUUAUGGCUUGGUUUGGUCUUGUCAUCAAGUGAAAAAACUUCCCUAUCAAACGACUCCUUAAAUGUCAAAUCUUAAACUCCUCUCUCAGAUCACCCUCAGUCUUUUGUUGUUAUCAGUUUUCUAUAAUUUCCAAAUAUUUUUAUUGUAUUUUCCCUAAUGCAUCUGAUUUCCAUACAGUGUGCCAAUUAUGGUCUAGACAAGGUUAUAUACUUUAACAGAAAUUUAACAUCCCUUCUCUGCUUUUCAGUUCAAUAUCUCUAGAACUGAAACCUAGUGCCUUGUUUUCUUUUUAUUUUAUGAUGUGUGGAAUAUAGGUUAUCUAUAUUGAAAUUAAUUUGUCAAUUAUGUGCCUAUUGUGCAAGUUACUUAAUCUCUUCAGUUGAUUUAAUACUUUCUAUAUAGCAACCUUUUUCUGUGAAGUAGCAUUGUACUGUAACAGUUAUUCUUAAAGCUGAUCAUGUCCCAACCUUGGGCAACAGCAUAUUUAACAAAUUUAUCAAAUUUGUGGUUACAAAUCAGCACCUAUUAAUAGUGCUGGAUGAAUAUAAUCUGUCAAAUGUCUGCAGGCAUUUCUUGUAUGUUAACAAUAUAGUAAUGAUUCUAACACAAUAUGGAUUUAGCCUGAUGACAGAAAACAGAAUUCCAAUGUAUCAAUGAAGGGUUAGAUCAUUGCACUGGUAUAUAAUUCUGCCUUAACCUUUGAAAACCACUAAGAGGGUAAUGGAACAUCUUAACCAUGUAGUAAUUCUCGAAUAAAUUUAAAAUGUCUGAUA